AUGUCUUUGAAAGAAGUUCGAAAUCAACUUUUGAUUAGCCACAGUGAUGGUUUGAUAAACGAUGAGGAACUUCUACUCCUGUACGAUUUAAGCAGGUCCGAUAAUGUCGAUCUUCCGUAUAAUUCUUAUCCUGGUUUUGACUUCUAUGAUUUAGAAGACGACGAGUGCCGUUCAGAGUUUCGUUUCUACAAGAACGACUUACCAUUUCUAGCUGAAGUAUUGGGGAUUCCUGAGGUAGUGGAAUGCUAUCAAAGAAGUAUUUGUAGUGGAUUGGAGGCUCUUUGCAUUUUUCUAAAGAGACAUAGCUAUCCAGCAUCUAACGAAGCCGAAAUUGCGGAAGAUGACGUUGAACAGUUGAAAGCUGGUCAACAAAAGCUCGUAGAUGCAAGACCCGAAAUGAGGCAACUGGACAAGGAAAUUCAAAACCUUCACGUAAUACUAGGAGAGGAGGACACAGCAGAUCAAGAUUUCGUCGAUGCGGACAAUAUUUCUGAUACGCAUUCAGCCUUGUUGAGACAAAUCGAGAAACUCCUCCUUCGCGACCAGCAGCUGCAGAGCUCUAAAUCCAUCCCACAUGCCGACUCGGGUGGCUCCAAACGGCUGAAAUAUUCUGCACUCAAGUUGCCGAAAAUGUCAUUGCCAGUCUUUGAUGGGGAUCCAAGGAAAUGGCUCAGCUUCUGGGAUGUUUUCAAGUCCGAAGUGCACUAUGUGAAGAAUAUCUCAAAAGUCACGAAGCUCAACUUUCUGAAGGGCCAGUUAUCAGAGCAUGUGAAAGUGAGAGUGGAAGGUAUCAUGGCCACUGAAGAUAACUACGAUUUGCUGGUUGAAACACUACAGGUUAAUUAUGGUGACAAAACUGCUAUCAAAAAUGCUCAUUGUGUUGCUCUAGUUACAAUGGUUAAGCCACAGCACACAGCUUCAGCUUUGCGCAACUUCUAUGACAGUCUUAUGAGUGACAUGAGGUCUCUUGCCACACUGGAUCUUCCCACAACGAGUAAUAACAAACAACCAUGCAAACCCAAACCUCCAUCUCCUCCAAAAGCUCCACCUUCUUCAAAACCUCCAUUGCCCAAGGUUCAUCCUAUCAAUGGUUUCUUGAAUGCAACAGUUCCACUGGGUACAGCCACCGCACUUCCUGCAGCAGUAACCCCUUCUGAUCAGUAUAAAUCAAAGAAGUUUAAACAGUUUAACAGGCCAAAGAAAGUUCUAUGUCGCUUCUGUGGGUCUACCAGUACCCACAAUACAUUUCAAUGUGAACUUUCUAUCCAGGAUAGAAUCUCUGCAGUUAAAUCCAAGCAGUUGUGCUUCAAUUGUCUCAAAGGGGGUCAUGCUACUACUCAGUGUCAAUCGCAGUUCAGUUGUUCGGUUUGUCGGCAACCUCAUCAUACUACACUUCAUGGAGCUUCAGGUCUUCAAUCGUCACUGACUUCCCCUCCUGAAUUAAUCAGUAUGCAUGCCGCACCUGCUUCAGACAACACACUGUAUGGUGACCCAAGCAUCACUCCCACCCUCCCAUCAAGCUUUUCCAACCACAACUCUGAGCAUGGGCUCAAUCCAAAUGAGACUUUGUACUCAUGCCCUUCAGAGUACAACACCGUGACUUCGUUCCACAGUCAGUCUAACCCAAUUAUUCUGAAAACUGCUGUCACUUCAGUCAAUAAUGGUGUAAUCACUAAAACAGCAAACAUAUUUAUUGAUGAAGGAUCGUCUCUUUCAUACAUCACCACACAGUUAGCUAAGGAACUCUGCAUUAAACCUCAUUGCAGCAAGACUGUGCGUAUUAACACAUUUGGUGGGGCUACUUCCAAUAAUAUGUACCCAGUAGGAUCAGUCAACCUCAUGACAGAUGAGGGAGCAAUCAGUGUAGACACUCUCAUCAAAGAUGUUAUCAUCACUCCUAUUGAUCGCACUAGUUGGGCCGAUAGCCUUAAAUCUCCUCACAUCACCAGUCUUCAGCUUGCAGAUGACUUCAGUCAAACCCAAUUUCCUGUUCAAAUUCUUAUUGGUCUGGAUGCAGUGUGGCAGUUCCUGAAACCUGAUGUCAUCUAUGGCUACCCUACUGCUCAAGCGUUUAGUCUGGGAUAUCUAGUUUCUGGAAGACUCUUUCCAACCACUGACAGUACCAAUGAUUCCCAAACAGCUUCACAGUGUCUUGCAGCAGGUCACUCCCUUGACAGCUUUUCCUUUGAUGACAGUGAAUGGUAUAGUUAUACUCGUGCAAAGGAUCUUUAG